GGUACCUCUAGACACUCCCAUGUAAAUGAUAAAUGAGCUUUCGUUGGGACAAUUUGAUGUUUAAUUUUGCUAUGCUGGGAACAUAACAUCAUCUUCUGCGCCAGGCUUAAAAGCUGAGAUCUAGAAUCCAGUAUCCUAUCGCUACAACUCUACCAUGUCCCACUCCCACAUCGACAUGGCGUCCCUUCAGACAUUGCGCUCCCAAUUCACCCAAUCUCUAAAAGACUUCGCCUCCUCACCGUCCAGCACAUUCAAAAUCCUGAGUUCCAUCCCACCAUCUUCCCCACCCAGCUCGUCACCCAUUCGAACCCUCUACGUCCUAGACUCAUCCUUCAACCCACCCUCCAAAGCACACCUAGCACUCGUCAAAAACGCCCUCAGAGCAUCAAAAGUCAUCUCCGCAUCCAACUCGCAAAAUGAUCUCUCCCGACCACCAGCAUCCCACACGAAAUCCCGAGUGCUCUUCCUCCUGGCCACGGUCAACGCCGACAAAUCACCCGAGCCCGCCGCCUUCCCGGACCGCCUUGUCAUGAUGACCCUGAUGGCGGAGGAAUUACGCUCCUCGUUCCAUUCAUCACCUGUAGUCGACAUCGGCAUUACCAAGGAACCGUACUUCAUCGACAAGGCGACCUCCAUCGACGAGUCCGGUGUGUACACGCCCUUCUCGCCCAAUCCAGGGGAGCACUUCGAACAGAUUCACCUCACCGGCUUCGACACGCUGGUCCGGAUAUUCACCGCAAAAUACUACCCGCACCACACGCCGCCGUUGUCUGCAUUGGAACCGUUCUUGACGCGCCAUCGCGUUCGCGCCACGGUCAGGGUCGACGAGCAAAGUCCGUCGAAGAACCUCCAACAGACGACUAGUGGUCGUGAUUUGUCUAGUAUGGACGGGCAACUGGCGUACCUCAGGGGCCUUGGCAAUGGAAAUCUAGAGGCCGAAGGGAUGAAGAGGGAAUGGGCGGAGAGGGUGGAACUUGUGGUUGAUGAGACCGGGGAGACGGAGGGUGUUAGUUCGACGAAGAUUCGCAAUGCGGUCAAGGAGGGGAACUGGGAGGAAGUCGACGGGUUGGUUGGGAGAGGAGUGGGCGAGUGGGUGAGAACAAGGGGGCUGUACAAAGAAUGACCACUUAUAUGUACAGAGUAGACGGGGUCUGGAUGUUAUCUAGACAUGGUUAUGAACAUAGGCAGAACUCGAAACCACCACUGACGAGUCCAUACUCCGUAGGUACGCGAUGCUAUGAUGUGUCCUGGGUGCGUAUUCUCGUCAAAGCCCAGUACAAGGCUAUGAAUAUACAUCAGAGAUAAGGCGUACAUCAGAGACAAUGCGAGCUCGUAGAAGGGAACUUUGUCA